GGUUCCCAACCCUUUUCCCUUACCAGCCAUCGAAACUCUUAACGCCUUUCUCAGUCGCAAGCAAAAAAUGGAGAACAUCCACAGGCCCACGAUCAUGGUCACCAACGACGACGGAAUUGACGCGCCAGGUCUCCGAGCCCUGGUUCGCGUCCUCGUUUCCACGGAUUGCUACAAUGUUCAAGUCUGCGCUCCGGAUUCGGAAAAGUCAGCUGUUAGCCAUUGUAUCACUUGGCGUCACCCAAUUUCUGCCAAGCGAGUACAUAUUGAUGGAGCAACAGCCUUUGCAGUUUGUGGAACUCCGGCCGACUGUGCUUCUUUGGGAAUCUCCAAAGCACUCUUUCCUACAAUUUCUGAUCUGGUGAUCAGUGGCAUAAACAUGGGAAGCAACUGUGGUUAUCACAUAAUUUACUCUGGCACAGUUGCUGGUGCUCGAGAGGCCUUUUUCAAUGGUGUACCUUCUGUCUCUAUAUCAUACGAUUGGGUUGGAGGUAAGAGCAAUGUUCAUGACUAUACACUUGCUGCUGAGGCUUGUUUACCGAUCAUAAGUGCAAUUGUGGAUGAGAUCAGGAAUCAAAAUUAUCCUCAUAGAUGCUUUUUGAAUAUUGAUCUACCAACAGAUGUUGCUAAUCAUAAGGGGUAUAAGCUGACUAAGCAGGGUACAAGCAUAUUCAAAAUGGGAUGGAGACAAGUUACUUCUGACAUGCAAGGAGAAAAAAUGGCAUCGACUAUGACUAUGGAGUCUAACUCAGAAGCAUCAGCAGAAACUCAAACAUCACCUUUAUCGCCGGAAAAUCCUUUGUUCAGGAGGGAAUUGAUCAGUAUUGAACAUGGCGACAAUGAUACGGACCACCGAAUUCUUCAGGAAGGAUAUAUUACUGUCACUCCUCUUGGUGCCCUUUCACCUGCAGAGAAAGAUUCUCAUGCCUUCUUUCAAAAUUGGCUGCCAAGUGUGGCUGCACACCCCUCUUCUUCAUCCUUAUAAUGCUUAUAUCCUUCUUGUUGGCAAACUGAAGAAAGUAGAGCUCAAAUAAUUCCUUUGGAUUCGUGUGCCAGAUGAUAUCAUUUUUCAUUGCCCUCAGAAUGCCGGCGUCUGGUCGUAGCACGCGCAUCUCACUAAAAGGAUCUGGAAUGCCUCUAUGAACACAUUUGCAUGAUUAACAAUCCUAUGUAUGCUUUUACUUCUCUAUAUAUUACUUUGGUCGUAGCUUUGAACUUAUCUAAAUUUCCUAUAGACGUGGAUUAGAAUUUCCGUAGAACAAGCUACCACCGUAUCGCCUGCCUGGAUUUGUACCAGAAAACAUGCUCCUGCAAGUAAGUACAUUAGAGGAUUCCUAAAA